UCAUUCGCAUUGUAGUUGAAGCCAGCAGGCUGAAUAGAAGGAUAGGUGUGUUAUUUUUGUUGCUGUUUUGGACGGUGAACAACAUCUUUGCAUUUUGAUGCCAUGAAUCGAGAAGGAAUUUGGGUUUUGUUGACAACUUUGCUCUCUGGCUUGUUGUUUCUUUGUGUUUUGGCACUGCUGUGCUUCUUCACCUGCAGACUGGCUUCAAGAGUUCUGCCUGCCGGAGCCCCACUGCGUUUUUGACAGAGCUUGUGAAUGAGCCUCAAUCAUGAGCUUUCAGUUGUCUGGCACCCUUGGAACGUGAAAAUCCGUAAACGCAGGCUGAUAGAUAACAAAAUGAAGGUCGUACAACUGCUUAUCCUCAGCUGUCUGGUUUGGGAGGGAAAGACAAAAGUUCAGUUUCCAGAGCAAGAGAAGCGGCCUGAUUACUGGAGGGACUUUGCUCAACGCUCACUUAAAGAUGCCUUGAAGCUUCAAGAACUCAACAAGAACAUUGCCAAAAACAUCAUCUUAUUUCUUGGAGAUGGGAUGGGUGUUCCUACAGUCACAGCAGCCCGGAUUUUAAAGGGUCAGUUGAGUGGACAGAACGGAGAGGAAACACAACUGGAAAUGGACAAAUUUCCCCACGUCGCCCUCUCUAAGACGUAUAACACCAAUGCUCAGGUACCAGACAGCGCGGGCACUGCCACAGCUUUCCUCUGCGGUGUCAAAGCCAACGAGGGCACGGUGGGAGUGAGCGCAGCAGCUGUGAGAUCCCAAUGCAACACCACUCAGGGGAACGAGGUCACCUCCAUUCUUAAAUGGGCUAAAGACGCAGGCAAAUCAGUGGGAAUCGUCACAACAACGCGAGUGAACCAUGCCACCCCGAGUGCUGCUUAUGCCCACUGUGUGGAUCGAGACUGGUAUUCUGAUGCAGACAUGCCCAAUGAAGCACUGCAGAGCGGAUGCAAAGACAUCGCCAGACAACUCUUUGAAAACAUCCCUGACAUUAACGUGAUAAUGGGGGGUGGACGGAGAAGCAUGUACCCCAAAAACACCCCAGACGUGGAAUAUCCAGGAGACAAGAAACAGAAUGGUACACGCAAAGAUGGCAGGAACCUUGUGGGGGAGUGGAUUGACAGAGUGAAAGAGAAGAGAGGUUUCUACGUUUGGAACAAGAAGGAUCUCCUUUCCCUCAAUCCCAAUAACGUGGAUUAUCUAUUGGGUUUGUUCGAGCCAGCAGACCUGAACUACGAGCUGGAGAGAAACACAGAAAAUGACCCUUCGCUCACUGAGAUGGUGGAUGUGGCCAUUAAGAUCCUCAAAAAAAAUGAGCGUGGAUUCUUCUUGCUGGUGGAAGGUGGACGCAUUGACCACGGACACCAUGAGGGAAAAGCCAAGCAGGCCUUACAUGAAGCUGUGGAAAUGGACCGGGCCAUUACUAGAGCCGGUCUCCUGACAAGCGAGUAUGACACGCUAACCGUGGUCACAGCCGAUCACUCUCACGUCUUCAGUUUUGGAGGCUACACACCACGAGGAAACUCCAUCUUUGGUUUGGCCCCUACAUUGAGUGACGUCGACCAGAAGCCUUUCACAGCCAUUCUAUAUGGAAAUGGCCCAGGGUUUAAGUUGGUCAACGGUGCCAGAGAAAACGUCUCAACGGUGGACUACCAGCAAAACAACUAUCAGGCUCAGUCUGCAGUUCCUCUGCGCAUGGAGACUCAUGGAGGUGAAGACGUGGCCAUCUUCUCCAAAGGUCCCAUGGCUCAUCUUCUUCACGGCGUCCAGGAGCAGCACUACAUCCCUCACGUCAUGGCCUACGCCGCCUGCAUCGGCCAGAACAAAGACCACUGCCGGACAAACUCGGGCUCUUCUUCAUACUUCAGUCACAUCUCUCCAGCACUGCUCUUUCCUCUCUUGGUCAAAUGGCUGCUUUGCUGACCCUUCUUCUCUUAAGAUGUCUUCAGAUCAAGAACUUUCCUUAAUCUUUCUUUUAAGCAGAGAUGAUGUUGUUUUUGAUAAUACUGUACAUGGUUUUAGUUUUUAAGCAUUUAUCAGCAUUGGGACCAAUGUGUGGGCGUUUUGGAGAACCUGAAGAGGCCAGUUUGAGAUUCUGUUGCAAUCAUGAGAAGAAAAUGUAAAAUGCUCUUUGUUUUUUAAAACACAAGUAAGAAUGUUGGUGUAAUGAAUGCCAGUGAUUCAGUGCAUGAAUGUGAUGUUGGUGUUUAAAGGGUUUGUUUGGUCUAAAAUGAAAACAUACUUGUUAUUUACCCAGCCUCAAGUGGUUACAAACUUUGUUUCUUUCUUUUGUUGAACAAAACUGAAGAUAUUUGGAGGAAAGCUAAAAAAAUUAACUAUUAGCUUCCAACCACCUAUUUUUAUGGGAAUAUUGCAUUUAAAAAAAUGCUUAAUGGAAAUGUCAAGAUGCACAUAAACGUUAAAAUGCACAUAAAAAACUUGUGCGCACAACUGAAUAGGAUAAACUUUUGUUGAAUAGUGAUUGAAACAUUACCAAAUAAAUUUCAGCAUUCGUUUCAAAAAAGUCAUGUUAUUUUUGUUUUAAUAGUUAAUUUGAUAACAAAAAUUGGUGUGAUGGAACGCCAUUAAUGGACAAGCUAGUGGACCAAACAUAUUCUGAAAUGUAGUUUUGGUCAUUCUAAAAUCCCUCAGCCAAAGUCUAUCAUCAAAGUAGUUGAGUAUUAUAACCUCAGAAACCGCGUUUACUGCAUUUCGUCUUCUGAGUUGCAAGUCAUAUAUUAUAUAAGGAAAAAGAGCAACGGUGGCUUCUACUGCUAAAAAUUGCAUUUUUCAUUUUAUUGUUUGGUGGCAGUUUAUCAGGAAGUAUUUCUGUGUUUUGUUCUCUUUGACACGUUGGAUGAAAAUGGUUCUUUAUUCGCAAAUGUUUUAUUCCUGUUAGUUUUAAACACAUAAUUUUGAUUAGCAUAUUUGGAUGAAAACAUUGCUAUUUAGAAAACACAAAGGCUAUGUUUAGAUAUCAGCAACGUAACCAAAACUGAACUUGUUUCUUGUGUUUAGAAAAAGUUUUACGUCUACAUGAAAAUGGUUUCAAAACAAUCGUCAUUUCCCAAAACACUGUAUUGCAUAUACAGUAUGCCAGGCCGGUAUUUGAGACCGUGUUAGUAAACAGUGUCUGUAGGAAAAAGACAAUGUGCUGUCGGUGGAUCGGCGCUUAUGUUUAUGUAUGUGGUGUGUAUGUAAGAUCCAUCUCUGCUUUUGGUUGUAAUGUUGAGUAAAUCCCAAAUUUAUGGCCACAAAUACUAUGGAAGACAAUGGUUAAAAGUUUUAAACUUUUUUUAAAUAUCAUCUUUUGUAUUAAACAGAUAAAAGAAACUCAAACAGGUUUGUGACAAGUAAAGACUGAGUAAAUGAUGAUAGAACUUCUUCCAACUAUUAAAAAAGAUAUACAUUCAAAUAAAUAAUUAAUGCCAAAUGUAGUCAGAUGAAAACAUGGCUAAUGAUGGAAAUUAAUGAUGUUUUAUGAGGUAAUUUACAAAUUGGAUGAUCCAAACAAAGUGUUGUGAAUAACAAGCUCAAACGGCACAUAUUUUAGAUGUGAAAUUUUGAAAACGUUUAAGCAAAGAUACAUCAAGUUCAUUAAAAUGACUGUAAAACAUUUACGAAGUUACAAUCUAAACAAUGGCAAGCUGUGUUAACCCAAUAUUGGGUCAAAUACAUUGGACAAAUUUUUAAAAUUAUAUUUAACCCAAUAUGGACAAACCGAACAUUUGGGUUUAAAAGUGUAAUUUAAAUUGAAUUGAAUAAAUGAACCCAAGGCUGGGUUAUGACAACCUAUCAUUUUUUAGAGUGUAAUAUUUCUAUUUUACUGUAUUUUUUAAUCAAAUAAACAAGAUUUCUCUGAAUUUUUUUUCACGAAGUUCAUAAAAUAGAACAGAAAUGAUUUUGCUCCUUUUGUGAUCUUUAAGAAAAUAAUUAUAACAAAUAAAUGCUUUUUAGAUGUUUCAGGUUUUAAAGUGUGAAUCUAGCUGAUAUUUGACCAAAAAAUUUAAGAAAGAAAGAAUUAAAUUUCCACUACAACUAAAACUAAACAAACCACAGUCUGCGAUUAUUAGAAGAUCAUUUAUAAUACACCACCACACCUCAUGCAAAAAAGUACUCAAAAUCAUCUUUUCACACAGCAUUUCUAUUUUGUCUCACAUUUGAAGUCAAAUACAAUCUACCUCACUGGCAUAUGGGCAUAACAUCUGCCUUAAAGACCGGUUCAAAACACCCAUCUGCAACUAUUACUCCACUUCUUUGAAAAUAGACUCAUUUUACAACUCACUUAGAGUCAAACAUUUUAGUUUUACUAUUUUUUAAUCUAUUCAGCUGAUUUCAGGGUCUAGCAGGAGCCCUUUUAGCUUAAAUUUGCUUAGCAUAAAUUAUUAAAUUGGAUUAGACUAUUAGCAUCUUAAUCAACAAGGAUAUUUGAGGACUUAAAGCUCGACUCAUCUUUAGUUACAUGUACAUUGUGUACUAAGACCGACGGAAAAUGAAAAUCUGCUUUUUUUAUAAGUCAAUAGAUAGGAACUACACCCUCAUACUGGCGUAAUAGUCAAGGAACUUUGCUGCUGUACCAUGGCUACAGCAGGUGCAAAGAUCAUAGACACCACUGUUACCUAGCUGGAAACUAUUUUAAAAGCAGUUUUUCUUAAUACACGAUGUAACUACAAACUUAACUGUUUUUUUUAAUUUUUUGAGCGAGAUGCUAAUGGUCUAAUCUGAUUCAAUGGCUUAUGCUAAGCUAAGCUAAAGUGCAGAUCGGCUUAAUGGAUUUAAAAAUAGUAAAACUCAACAGUUUAACUGUAGGGCAGUUUAAAAUGAGCCUAUUAAAAAAAAAAAGUAAAUGUUUCCCAUAAUUUUUUUUUUUUUUUUUUUUUGGCGGAAUUCUUUGUAUGCAAAGCAAACAUUAUUGUCUGAAUUAUAAACAUGCUUGAUGCUGAAAGCAGAAGCAAAUGUGGUUUAUGUUUUUGUUAUGUUCAUCCAUCAUGUUUCCACAUAAUUGUUUUGAAUGCAGAAUCUGAACGCUAACUGUCCAUUUGUUAUUUGUUUAUAGCAGUCUGUGAGUCUCUCUAUAAAUGUCGGCAGUUCAUGAAUGAUAACAAAAAUAUGGAUUUGAAGUAAAAGGCCAAGCGUUUAUUUUCAUUGGAUAUUCAGUUGGAGUCCAAUUCAAACAUGCUGUUACUGCAAAAGUCAUUAAAUAUACAAGAAGCUCUGGAGAUGCAGAAAUUACACAAUAAAGAAAAUAUGUGUGGGGA